AUGAAGUUCAGGGACCACCCAGUGAGGCUGUACAGGGAGCCCCUUUCCUCCAUUCCCUGGGCACAGCUGCCAGUCAUCCUGCAUAGAUUUGACCCCUCCACCCCAUCCCUGCCAAAAAGAAAAAGGACUCCCCUAAUGGCUGCUGUGAGGGCACCAGGCUGUCAGAGCAGCCUCUGGCAGCAGAAGGGAGUGUGUGAAUGGCUCCAGCUCUGCCAGGCGGGACCUGGCGCCCAGGAGCAGCUUGUGGGCAGGAGCCUAGGCUCUGACCAGCAGCACUGGCAACUGUGCGUCCUGACGGCCGGUCAAGUCCAGGCUGCUCAGCUGCCCUCUUUUCAGUGGCCAGUCCGAACCCCAUGCCCACAUGUUCACACUCGAUUCCUGUCUGUACAGACUCACUCCAAGCUUUCAUAG